AUGUCUAACGUUAAUGGCUGUAAACAUCCACUUGUUGGUGUGGGCGUGUUUGUUGUUCGCGGGGACAAAUUUUUGAUUGGGAAACGAAAAGGAUCACAUGGAUCGGGAACGUGGCAACUUCCCGGAGGAAAUUUAGAAUUCGGUGAAUCAUUCGAAACAUGCGCAGAAAGAGAAGUGUUCGAAGAAACAAAUCUCAGAAUCAAAGAUAUCAAAUACCACUUCAUCACAAACGACUUUUUUCUUAACGAGAAUAAACAUUACGUGAACAUUUUCAUGUGUGCAAAAAUUGCAGAUCCCAACGCCGAAGCUUUGGUAAUGGAACCAAAUAAAUGCGAAACAUGGGAAUGGACCACGUGGCAAGAAUUUAUUCGUGGGGGAAUUUCGGGUGAAGAAGACGGGAAUGUAAAGAAUAAGUAUCGUCCGAUGUUCACACCAAUCGAGCAUUACUUUAAGCUUAGGGGAGAAAAUGGACCAUCUGAAAAGACAUAA